AUGUCAUCUUCUGUACCACCAGCAGAUUCGUUACUGGCCAGUCCAUAUGUAAAUAUAAUAACUGGUUAUUUAUCGCAAAUGCAAGAGCGAAACAUCUUUACGAACGAACGCAUUCAUAUUAAUAAACAUCAUUUUCUAAUAGCAGUUGGUUUUCUUGUUUUAUUAUAUUUUCUAAUACAUAUUCAAAUUUUAUUCUUCUGGCUAUUAAAAUUUAUAUUUCGUUUAUUGCUUCAAAUAAUUUCAACAAUAUUUUGGCUUCCAUUAAGAACCGCUCGAUUUUUUAUACCAAAAACAAUUGAUUAUGACAUAUUAUUUCCAUUAUUUUGGUUAUGCUCAAUAUCAUCAUUUUAUAUAUCAAAAUUUUCUCAUGAAAAUAUCUGUCAAUUUUAUGAUGAAUAUUUUGUUCGACGCUAUAAAAUUUUACAGUACGACCAAACGAAACGUGAAGAAGUUAAACGGCAUUUAUUUGUUGCAACAUUUAUCGUGCUUCUUCUUCUUCAAUCCUUAUUUAUUCUAAUACCUAUUGCUUCAUCGAUCAGACGACAUAAUUCAGUUAAUAAAGUGCCUUCGCAGACACCAACUGUUGACAAACAGAUGAUGGCGAAGACUAUUAAAAGUUCAACAGCUAAAUCAACUACUGAAGAAGCAGUGGGAACAGCAAAUGAGAAUCUAUAUACACGCUUUCUUGAUGCAUUUAAAGAUGAUGAUGAAACGCAAAAAAAUGAGAAUCGUCAACCACCAAUUAAUGACGAAAAACCUGAGCAUACACUUAAAACAAUUAAAAAUGAAGCAUUUCAGUCAAAAUCAAAAGAUCAACAAAAAGCAGUAAAUGAUGAUGAUAAAAGCUCAAGAUUUCAACGAUGGAUUGUUCACUAUCUUAAGGCACCAUUUCAAAGAUGGAAUAAUAAAAAUACUGUAGCAAUUAGAGCAACAAUAGAAGAGAACGAUUUUGAAGAUGAAAGCGAGGAGGAGGAUAUUGAAUUAGAUUCCUCCUCCCCGUCAUUCUUUGACGAAGAUGAAACCGAUGAUGAAGAUGAAACCGAUGAUGAAGAUGACGGAAAUGAUGAGCAACUAGAACAUUCAACAAAAACCGAACAAAUUCAAGAAAGUUUUGGUUCAGUUACAAACUUUGAUCAAAAAUUAAACGAGAAUGUCAAAAACAAAAUUUCUUCUACAGAAGAAAAAGAUGAUAAUGACGAAGAUUCUCUACCACUUCAAGAACACUCUACUAAACCAACCGAAAUCACUAAAACUGUUGGAGCAAAAAUUACUAAAAAGAUUUCUUCUGUAAUUGUUGAUGACGACAACAACGAAUCAGGCUAUGAUUCUGAUGACGAAGAAGAAAAACUAUCUUCUAUACUAACUAAGAAGAUUAAAACAACAUUAGCUAAACAUGCUGGAAAAGUUAAGAAAGCUGCUACAACGAAUAAAAAUAAGAUUGCUUCUUCAACUGAAAACAAAGAUGAUGAACAAAAAUCAAAAUCAAUUGCUAGACCAGUCAAAAAACAUUCAACGAAGAAAAUCAAAGAUCUUGGCGAAAAAGUGAAAACUCAUGAAAAACACAAAAUCUCCUCUUUAACCCAAUACGACGAAACUGAAAAUGAAACUGAAUCAUGUGUCGACCAAGAAAAAGAAACAACAAACAACGAUGUCGAAUCAAUGAAAAACGAAAUUUUCACAAAUUUGGAUGCAUCGAAGCAAAGAUCACGUAGUAAUCUUGUGGAUACAGCUAAAAAUUUUAUUUCCAACACUUUUGAAACAUUAUCCGAAUCGGUUAAAGAGAAAGUCGAACAAAUCACAAAACCGAAUAAAAUGGAAUCAAAAAUUAAAGAUCAAACUGUCGAACCAUUAGAAAAUGAAGCUUCUCAUGAGAAAAAUGUCACCAGCUCAAAAGUUGAACAUUUAAAAAAAACUAUCGAUGGUGAAACGAAAUCUUUAAAAAAAAAGAAAAAACCAAAGUCUUUAGUACAUAAAGUCGUUAAAAAGAAACUUUUACUACAUGGAAAGAAAAAGAAAACAAUUCCAUCAGCCAAUAUACUUAAGUCAAAAUUAAAGAUAAAAACGAAAUUAAAUGGAUUCGUUGAUGAUGCAUGGAAUAUUUGGCAUCUAGCGAACAGAAAACUUGCCUAUAUAUUUUCUUCAUCAACAAAACAUGCACGUCAUUUCCCACGGUAUAAUGCAACAUCUCUUUAUACGGCAUAUACAGAUCUUAAAUGUUAUGAUUAUACAAAAAAGUCUAGUCCUUAUCGUUUAUUAAAUCGUAAACAUCAUUAUUUUCUUGAUACAUAUCGUCAUCAUUCACCAUUUCCAGUUUAUUUAUCGAUAUUAAAAUCUAAUGGGCCUAGAUGUUAUCGUCAUUAUCCAAAUUGUUCAUGUGCUCUCACAUUAAAAACACCAGUUCGAAACUUUAAAUCACAAUUAUAUCGUUUUAUUCGAUUUUGGGCUAUUAUCAGUGUAUUAGCUGUUAUUUUAGGAGCAAUUUACACAAUUCUAACAAAUAGAAAACAAACUCAUUUUUCAUUUCGUCAUCAAGAAAAAUUUGAUGGAUCAUCAAAGAAUCAACAACGUACAACAAUAUCGAAUAGAAACAAUUUAUCAAGAGCAAUAGUAACAGAACAACAAAUAUCAUCAUCUAUUAAUCAACAAACAGUUUCAUCCAAUAGUAAUACUCGUCCAUUAGAUCAGAAAAUUGCAAAUCAUCUUUAUUUGUGGCUUGAAGAUGAAAAAAAUGACGGUUUCAGAAACCUUAGUGAAUUAUGUCGAACAGCAAUUAACAGUACCUUCAUAAAAAAAGCUGUAAGUUAUUGA